CUGCCCUGGCCAGGGGUUCCGGCUGCAUUUCCAUGAGCGCAGCCGGCAGCUGCGGAGCUGUGGGAAGCGGACUCGGGGCGACCUGGGGCGCCGUAGUCAGCCACGCACAGCUUUUAGGUUAAUUUGAGUACGAGAGCUGACCUGAUCAGCCCACCUGUACAGCCCCAAGGAAGAUCCUACUCUCACAGACAGGAAGAAGUGACCGAGCCCAGACUGACCUGGAAUCCACCAGUCUUCCUGCCUCAACCUCCCAAGUGCUGGGAUUACAGUGAGGUGGCCUCUGCUCCCCAGAUCAAGAUGAACGCCAUGCUGGAGACCCCCGAGCUCCCGGCCGUGUUUGACGGGGUGAAGUUGGCUGCAGUGGCUGCCGUGCUAUAUGUCAUCGUCCGCUGUUUGAACCUGAAGAGCCCCACGGCCCCACCUGACCUCUACUUCCAGGACUCAGGGCUCUCCCGCUUUCUGCUCAAGUCCUGUCCUCUUCUGACCAAAGAAUACAUUCCACCCUUGAUCUGGGGGAAGAGUGGACACAUGCAGACGGCCUUGUACGGGAAGAUGGGAAGGGUGAGGUCGCCACAUCCAUACGGGCACCGGAAGUUCAUCACCAUGUCUGACGGAGCCACUUCCACGUUUGACCUCUUUGAGCCCUUGGCCGAGCACUGUGUUGGAGAUGAUGUCACCAUGGUCAUCUGCCCUGGAAUUGCCAAUCACAGUGAGAAGCAGUACAUCCGCACCUUCGUUGACUAUGCCCAGAAGAACGGCUACCGCUGUGCCGUGCUGAACCACCUGGGCGCCCUGCCCAACAUCGAGCUGACCUCUCCUCGCAUGUUCACCUAUGGCUGCACGUGGGAGUUUGGAGCCAUGGUGAACUACAUCAAAAAGGCCUACCCCUUCACCCAGCUGGUGGUCGUGGGCUUCAGCCUGGGCGGUAACAUCGUGUGCAAGUACUUGGGGGAGAUCCAGGCAAACCAAGAGCGGGUCCUGUGUUGCGUCAGCGUGUGCCAGGGGUAUAGUGCGCUGAGGGCCCAGGAGACCUUCAUGCAGUGGGACCAGUGCCGGCGCUUCUACAACUUCCUCAUGGCCGACAACAUGAAGAAGAUCAUCCUUUCCCACAGGCAAGCUCUUUUUGGAGACCAUGUGAAGAAACCUCAGAGCCUGGAGGACUCGGACUUGAGCCGGCUCUACACAGCAACCUCCCUGAUGCAGAUAGAUGACAACGUGAUGAGGAAGUUCCAUGGCUACACCUCCCUGAAGGAGUACUAUGAGGAGGAGAGCUGCAUGAGGUACCUGCACAGGAUCUAUGUGCCUCUCAUGCUGGUCAACGCAGCUGAUGACCCGUUGGUGCAUGAAAGUCUGCUGACCAUUCCAAAAUCUCUCUCAGAGAAACGGGAGAACGUGAUGUUCGUGCUGCCUCUGCACGGGGGCCACCUGGGCUUCUUCGAGGGCUCUGUGCUCUUUCCCGAGCCCCUGACGUGGAUGGAUAAGCUGGUGGUGGAGUACGCCAAUGCCAUUUGCCAGUGGGAACGGAGCAAGUUGCAGUGCUCCGACACCGAGCAGGUGGAGGCCGAGCUGGAAUGAGGCCUCUGGACUCUGACGCACUCCAGUGGCCCUCUGGAACCUGCGUCCUCUCCCCCACCCCCACCCCGCUGUUCCAGGUCUCCCAUCUCCCUCUGUGACCUGGAUCUGACCUCACACCGUCAGCGGGCACCACCCACCAUGUACACCUGUCUCAAGUAGGCACUCACCCUGGGGGCUGCAGGCUAUUUUUGUGCUUAGUUACUGGUUUUCUCCAAUGGUGACAAGCAAGCGACAGGAUUCUCACCUCCCUGUCCAGUUUCAGCAUCUGAUUGCUUUUAAGCCAAUUACAUCUAGUUUCCCUAUUAAAAAAUGUGUCUGAACAGCAGUUUUGCUUUGCCAAACAAAAGGCUUUUCCCUGAUAGCAGUGAAGGAUGUGUGCUGUCCUGUGACAGUUGUCCGUGACCUUAUCUAAACCCUGACAACAGCUCAGCUGGAGUCUGAGGGUCUGGGUCUCCUGGGCCAGAGUGAGUGCUGCCUUUAACGUGCCACAGAAAAAGGGCCAGGGGUGUGGCUCAGUGGUGGAGCACUUGCUAGCAUGCUCAAGACCCUGGGCUCCAUCCCCAGCACUGGGGAAAAAAAAUUCCCUUGAAUCUCAAGCCACGUUUCUCCUAAGGCACGUCCUCACACUUUGCUGCUGAGGGUUGCAUGGGGCACUUUUUAAAAAUUCGGCCUCCCAGGUCCCUCCCCUCAGAGAGGCUGGUUCAGUGGGGUUGGGAAGGAGUCUGGGGAUUUUAAUUUUUGACAAGUGCCCCAGGGGACUCUCAUCACCAAGCAAAUAUGGGAAACCUGACUCUACAGCACUUUUAGAAGUCGUUGGUGGCUCAUUUUGUUGAAAUUCAUAGUCAACCAUGUCUCUUUGCUCCCAGGGGCCUCCAACACAGCCAGGCCUGUUGUGGAGCUGCCCUCGUGUGACUGCAAUGUGAUGUCCCCAAAAACGCCCUGGGUGGGAAUGGGCAUGGGGUCUGCUUCUUGCCGGCUGUAUGACCCUGGAAAUGUCCCUUUGGACUUGAGUCUCUGUACCUUUGACAUGGGGGCUUGGACCAGGUUGAUUGCCGAGGUGACCACCAGUUCUGAAGUUCAAUGACAAACUCAGUGUCCUGAGGUUUGAGAGAACCAGGGGGACCCAGAGGCCACUCAACCAGUUUGAGCAUGUAGAUGUCAGCAUCUGCCUGCCUUUCUUUUUCUUCCCCUUGUUUCGUAGAAAGAUUUUGGGGAAUCUUUUUAACACUCAAUGGUAAUUUUAGUUUUUUAAACCCAGGAGGUCCCUCUAAUUCUGGCUUUUGAUACCAAGCAGAUCAAAAGUUGGUUCUGAGUUCAAGGAAAGUUAUUUCCAACUCAAGAGGGUGUUAUUUUGAAACCAACUGUUUAACCGAAUAGCCUCUGUUUGUUGUCUGUUGGAUGGAUCUUUCUAGAAUGUUCUCUCAAGUGGACAUGUCAAGGUAGGUGUCACAUACUCCUCUGCAGUCCUGUUGUACUUGACACCUAAGAACCCUGAACUUUGCGAAAUCAGCAGUUGCUAUCUGGAACUAAACAGGACUCUAAGCGACAGAACCUGAGUGACAGACUGCAGUAUGGCAUGACUCUGUGGGUGUUUAAGGGAUGAAGGAGCCAUUGGAAUGCCUGAAUGUGACCCUCGGCCACAGGUGGAAGUGGAGUGACUGUGACAGUAAUGUCUGUAACUUGAACAAGUUGUCUUCUGACAAUCACCUUAUCCUCCCAAUCAUCUCAGAAACAGCCAUUCCCUCAAAAGAGAUUUCUGGGUCUUGACUUUGCUUCAGUCUAAUUUCUCACCCUCACCAAAUUCUGUUACUGUGGCUUUUAUUUCUGUAAUGUACAAAUUGGCACUUUUAUCAUCUACCCCUCAGCUUGAAAGCUAGUCCCUCUCCUUCCUGUUACUUUUCCCUCCACCCAACCACAGCUCUAAUCUAGAAGAUUCAUAAAUCUGUUUCCUGCUCCUCCCUUCAUUCCUCAAGACUUUAUGAAGAUAGGCCAAUCAAGCAAUAACGUAGUAGGACUGAAUCACCGUCCCUGAGGCGAGGGGCUAAGGCCACAUCUCUGGACCUACUGACAAAGUAGUGGCUCAAGUAGCACCCCCUUCAGGAGAAAAGUCAGUCCUGUGUCACACACUGGGAGGCAGUGGGGGAGCCUGGUCUGCACAGGGGUCCUGGAGACCUGAGGAGGACAGGCAGGACUGGGGCACAGCUUUUGUUGUCACACAGCCGGAAUUCCCCCCCAGGACCGGUGGCAGGCACAAUCCAGCUGAAGCCUCUCAGUGUGUGACUCUGAAUAGCACUCACUUUCCAUUUUGUUUGGUUCACAUGAAAUCAACUGAAGCCCUUUAUUCAAGCUUUGGGCUCUCGGGGAUGGAAAUGAGAACAUGACUGUGGCAAUCCUACAGGACAGUUCUUGUUUGUCCUUGAAUGAGAGCACAGAGAUGCAAACUUGUCUAGUCAAUGAGGGGACACACUUUAGAUGCGGGUCACUCUUCCUUUCUCUGGCCUUCCUUGCUUUCCUUCUCAGUUCUGGUGAUGGUAGAAAUGCCCUUCGUGCUAUUGAGGUCUUAUUUUGGUUAUAUUUUUAGAGUGUUUGCAUGUUCUAUUUUAAAAUCAAAUUUAGGAUAAACUGCAGCACUCUGGGCAAUUCUGUGGCAGGGAUAAUGUUAAAAGCUGAGAGGGAGAAGCACCACAUUUCUCUAGCAAAGCGCCCUGCCUCCAGUUUGAAGACAGUGAUUCCUGUCAAACCAGAAUUAUCUGACCUGAUAGUCUCUCUGAUGUACCUGUGUUACAAGGAAGGUUAGCAGACUUGCAGAAAACCUUUUUUCCAUCCUCCAGUGAGUCUGCACCAAUGAUUGCAGAACAGAGUGAAGACACAGAGUUGUUUGUCAUUACCAUAUUCUUAUGACCUCUGUGUGGCAUUUUUCACUUGCAGGGAACCUUGGGAUCUACCAUGACAGUAGAAAUAUACCUGAAAGGGGGUAUUCCUUUCUUAAUUUCAUGUUAUAGAACCAGAGUCAGAGAGGCUUAGCUUCUUACCCCCACUUCUAAUUCAUACUGGACAAGUGGGCAACUCACUUCACCUCUCUGAGCCUGUUACCUCAUCCUAGGGCAUCUCUAAGACACCUCAUCCAUUUGCAUAUUAUUUGUCUGAUCAUUGCUAAACAUCUGUUUGAACUUGGCCAUUGCAGGUGAAAACAGGAAAAGGCAGGGUCACGGCCCCAGGCUUAUCUCCAGGGGCCUUGGGGAGAGGGAGUUUGUCCAUUCAGCUUUUCCUGGUUAGGACCCUGGAUGUCAGCCAAAGCUCUGUCUUUGACUGGUCUCUCUUCAAGUCUCCGUUAUCACCAUGGCGUCCUCGCUGUUCUGAGGGUGGUCUCGUGACUGUGGCAGGUGCCAGAGUGAGAGAACUAUCUCCAUCCAGGCAGUGCACGGAGAGUUAAUUCCCAGGCAGAAUCCUUCCUGCCCAGGCUUUCAUUCUAAACCACAGUCUUCCUGGAUCUAAGCUUUUGGGGGCAGCUGAGCGUGUGUGGCCUGCAUCUGAAUGAGAGCCCUCUUUGUAAAUGGGGACUUGAGCUGGAUUCUGCCAGCCCCAGGGAAACAAUACAUGUGUUCUUGCUUGUGGUCACCAACAAGCAGGUGUCAGAGACGUGAGAGGCCUUUCUUUGCCUGUGACCUUGAUCCUGACUUGGAGCGGAAGCUCACUGAAACACUGCAUGGAACUGAAGGAGCUCAGGUCUUUGUGCUUUAGGCAGACAGGAGCAUUUCGCUAUGUGUCACAAUCUCAUCUGGAAUUGUCUUCCUUGCCCAGAAAGCCUUAACUUGCCUCUAGAAAGCCCCCUGGAAUUACACCAACAUUGAGGCGUAGGAAUUCAUACUCUUCUGCUAUGGAAGCUCGAGCAAGGCCAUGGUCAAAACAGAAUUCCUCAAAGGCUCUUAACUAUGUUCUGCCCCCCACACCACCCCCCCAGCAGCACCACUGAUCUAGAAUGGGCUCAGUUGCCUCAUCUCUGGCUCCUCUGUCCUCCUGGCCUUACUCUUGUUCAGAGCUACUUUGGAGUACUCAAAUGCUUCAAAAAGCCGUGAAAAGUGGCGGGCCUGUGGCAGUUAGAGCUAAGCAGUUGCGGCCAGUGUUCUCUGUCACUUUGUUACCUGAGUAGAGGGAAGCACCCCCAGUUCAGCUUGCUUUGGCCAAAUCAUAUUUGAAGAAAAGGGGACGGGCUCUGCUGGCAGAGGGAACCAGAACAUCCAGAGCCCAGGCCCCUGUCUCUCGCCUGUGUUGCCGCCGCUCCCGCCUCGGCAUGUGGUAGCCCCGUGUCGCAUAUUGGCCCUUGGGAUCAGGCCACAGAGUCCAACUCGCCAGCCAUUCCCACACGCCCUCCCAGAACGUAAGCGGCCUUCCCUUUGGAAGAAUCGGUCCACCAUGUUAGUUUUUCCUAGCAUGCACGUGGAGAAAGCUUUCAUGUGUCGCUGAUAAACAAGGUAAAGAUUAUUUCUGACUGGUGGAUUAUGUCUGACCCCCUGAGUUCCAUGAAGUCCUCAGCUGUGAACUUGACUCCUCUCAAUUAAGAAUGAGAUACAUAACCUCCCUUCUCCCCUUUCUGGUCCCCAUUAGCCAAGAAAUCCACUAUUGCCAUAAGUUGGGGACAGUCCUCUUAAUAGGCCCUGCAGAAAUCGCCUUAAUCUCAUUGGCUUUUUCCUCCCGCACUGAGCAGACAAUUGACCCCCAGAACAGUUGCCAACCCCCCUGUUCCCAGCCCCCACCACGUUUCUCCCAGACUCUUGGGUGGACCAUGGUCCUAGAUGUCAGACUUCACUCUUGCUCAGUUUUCAUUUUGGCCUCUUUGGUUUUCCUAAAGCACAGGUCCACGUAGAAUCUUGUCAUCUCCCCAUACCAGUUCCAGACGACCUUCACUGCAUCCGAGCUUUCGACUUCUGCCACUGCUGCCUUAGUGACGCCAGGGGCAGGGGAGGGGAGCGAGUUUGCAGCUCUCCUUUUCCUGGUCAACAUAUUCUUAGGUUGGCGGGUCUGCUUGCAGAUUGAUGUACGAAAACCAUCCCUUUCACAUUCCCGAUUCUUGUUUUUUGUGUUUUGUUUUGUGUUGUUCUCUUUGAGUUUUCUAAAACUUAAAAUGCUGCCCCGAAAAUAACUGUAUUUUUGAGUUUGUGUACUGAAAGCCUCCAGGCUGCUGGAUCUUUU